CCCAAGGGACUGAGGCUGCGCCCUGGCUCGCCUUCCUUGCGGUCCCUGCACUGGCCUGAACCUCCACUUUGAUCUCUACAGCGCCCCCACCAUGGCUUUUCCGCAUCGACCUGAUGCCCCCGAGCUACCUGACUUCUCCAUGCUCAAGAGACUGGCCCGAGACCAGCUCAUCUACCUGCUGGAGCAGCUUCCUGGGAAGAAAGACUUAUUUAUUGAGGCUGAUCUGAUGAGCCCAUUGGAUCGAAUCGCCAAUGUCUCUAUUCUCAAGCAACAUGAAGUGGACAAAUUGUACAAGGUGGAAAACAAACCUGUCUUUAGUACCAGUGAACAGUUAUGCUUCCUUGUCCGACCCCGAAUCAGGAACAUGCGAUACAUUGCAAACCUAGUCAAUUCUGACAAAAUGGCUGGUCGAACACGAAGGUACAAAGUGAUCUUUAGCCCACAGAAGUUCUAUGCAUGUGAGAUGGUACUUGAGGAAGAGGGAAUAUAUGGAGAUGUAAGCUGUGAUGAGUGGGCCUUUUCCUUACUGCCUCUUGAUGUGGAUCUCCUGAGCAUGGAACUGCCUGAAUUCUUCAGAGACUACUUUCUGGAGGGAAACCAGCGUUGGAUUAAUACUGUGGCCCAAGCCCUGCACCUUCUCAGCAAUCUCUAUGGACCCUUUGCAAACUGUUAUGGAAUUGGCCGAUGCGCCAAGUUUGGGGAUAUCUUGGGUUUUGAACAGAUGGUGUACGAGAUGUGGAGGGAGUUGGAGGAAGAAGAGGAAGGUGAGAUCAAAGGCCGGAAACCAGAAAUUGGGCAUAUUUUCCUUCUGGAUAGAGAUGUGGACUUUGUGACUGCACUCUGCUCCCAAGUGGUGUAUGAGGGGCUGGUGGAUGACACCUUUCGAAUCAAGUGUGGGAGUGUUGAUUUUGGUCCAGAUGUGACAUCCUCUGACAAGAGCCUCAAAGUGCUGCUUAAUGCUCAGGACAAGGUCUUUAAUGAGAUUCGUAAUGAACAUUUCUCCAAUGUCUUUGGCUUCCUGAGCCAGAAGGCCCGGAACCUACAGGCACAGUAUGAUCGCCGUCGUGGUAUGGACAUCAAGCAGAUGAAGAACUUUGUCUCUCAGGAGCUCAAGGGACUGAAGCAAGAGCACCGCCUGCUGAGUUUACAUAUUGGGGCCUGCGAGUCCAUCAUGAAGAAGAAAACCAAGCAAGAUUUCCAGGAGCUGAUCAAGACUGAACAUGCACUGCUAGAAGGGUUCAACAUUCGUGAGAGCACCAGCUAUAUUGAGGAACACAUUGACCGACAGGUAUCACCUAUUGAAAGCCUCCGACUCCUGUGUCUCCUGUCCAUCACUGAGAAUGGUUUGGUCCCCAAAGAUUACCGCUCUCUGAAAACACAGUAUCUUCAGAGCUAUGGGCCUGAGCACCUGCUGACCUUCUCUAAUCUUCGUCGGACGGGACUUCUAACCGAGCAGGUUCCAGGAGAUACUCUUACGGCAGUCGAGAAUAAAGUGAGCAAAUUGGUGACUGAUAAAGCUGCAGGAAAACUCACUGAUGCUUUCAGUUCUUUGGCUAAGAGAAGCAAUUUUCGUGGCAUCAGCAAAAAACUGGGCUUGAUCCCACGUGGGGACAGUGAAUAUGACCUGAAAGUGCCACGGGACAUGGCGUAUGUCUUCAGUGGUGCCUAUGUUCCCCUCAGCUGCCGCAUCAUUGAACAGGUGUUAGAGCGAAAGGGCUGGCUGGGCCUUGAGGAAGUUGUUCGGUUACUCAACAGUAAUGAAUUUGCAGUCACAGACAUCAUACCUGAAGAAAAUGCCCCAAGUGAUUCCCUACGUCUGGUCCUUGUGGUUUUUCUGGGUGGAUGUACCUUCUCUGAGAUCUCAGCUCUGCGGUUUUUGGGUAGAGAGAGAGGGUACAGAUUCAUUUUCUUGACAACAGCAGUGACAAAUAGCGCACGGCUCAUGGAGGCCAUGAGUGAAGUGAAGACAUGAAGCCUCUUCUCUGGAGGCUGACUCUUGAGAUGCUGCCAUGGGAGCAUCCAGCAAAAAGUGCCCCAAAGGAUGAGGGAAGCUUGAAAGCCCCAAAGGUUGAAGAUGAGUGAGCUCGACCACAAGAAUACCCUUCCUUGGGCUCACUGGGGGCUCCUUGGGAUCCCAGGGCUUACCCUCAGCAGUCUUGGAGUUCUAGGAUGUUUCUGUCUCUCCAUAAGACAUGCCCAUGUACUCCUGGGGGAAAGUUGUUCUUUGGCAGAUUACUAUUCUUGAAAAUAAAAUGUACUUUCCAAUCAGUUAGCAAGCAUUUAUUAAAUGCCUCCCAUGUGCCAAGCCCUGUCCUAGGCACCGAGAA